UUUCGGUUUGUUUUAGUUUUCCCAACGUCGUCAAGCAUAUAUACUCACGUAAAAAUCGGUCAAUUUAUCUGAUGAAAAGUAUGGCUUUAUUCGGUUUCGGAACAGUUAUUAAUGUAUCGUGCAGGAGCAGAGAGCAUGCACAUAGUAUGUAAAGUUGUGUACGCAUGAAGAUGCGCUCUUCGACUUCGGUGGAUGAUGGUGCAACCGUUCCUAUUGUCGUCCAUGAAAACGAACCAUCGUAAUAAAUUCGUGCAACAUGAUCAUUCACUUUCACUCGUGCAACAAGUGCUGGUUUCUUCCUCUCGAGUCUUCGAGCUUUUGUACUUCAGCCUGGAAAGGGUUUACUCGUCCUUGAUUUCUUUGCAUUGUAUCUAUUCGCUCCACAGCCUGACUAAAUCCCACUAUUCCCAUUCUUGAUUUGUCCCUAUCUAUCACAUGCUAUUACCCCCACAACUUGUGCCUCCUAGUCCUAUUUUUUUAUGUUCAUUCUGUGCAAGCAGCAAAAGCAAUUUCAUUUUCCAAAAAUGCUGCAAGGAUAAAUAAUUUUGGUACUGCUCUUUAUUGUUUUUCCCCGUUUUUCCUUUCACGUUGCAAGCAUGAGCAUGUGCACCUUCGCGUGCGUAGUCUACCGCCCCAUACCCCACAGCAGCUUUCCGCAAUAACGGAGAUCAUGAACACAAAAAUUCUUGCGCAGGACAUGAUCUUCCCUCUUCCGAAGAACAGUCUGUAUGGAGCAUUGGGAGGCCACUAACAAAAGUGGGGCUCUUUUGAGGAAACGAAAAACUUGACGCGAUGGAAGGCGACGUGGAACAAGGAACGAGUGAGGACUGGCACAGCGGGCCCGAAGAUGAUACUGCAAACAUGCACAACAUGAUUCCAGACGAGAGGGAGCCAGCGCGACUACAACGGGCUGCUGGUGAUGUUGCUAUGCAAAAGGACCAGCCGUCACAACUGCCCUCGAGAAGGCGGGGCGAGGGUAGCGCGGUCUUUGUACCGAGCGUGGCCGGAAUAACCCGACUAAAUUGGCCCCGUGGAAGGGGCUCCGGGGAGCUUCAUAGCAACCAGAAACUACUGAUGCGCAGCAGGAGUAGCGAAGUGUUGCGGCUGGUGAACGGCGUUUUUCCACGGAGAUCGGUUGCCGAAGAAGAUGAAAAUGUUGGGAACGAGAACCCGCCAAACAGCCCGCGAGACGAGUUCGCAAAGAGCCCGCGGGACGAACACCGUGGCGCAGACAAGCGCAAGUCAGUGCUAGAUGCAGCCAAAAACGCGGUGCAAAAUAUUCAGCCACCCGAGGCGUUGAGAAAGACGGGACACACACUGACAACGACCGCCGAGCUGGCCCUGGCAGCCGUGACCUGGUAUCCACUAGAAACAAAUCACCUGUACUUCUUCUAGCAUAAUUGUACUGCCAAAGAAACGCCUACGCCGCGCCUACAUUUGUGACGCUGGCAUAGAAUUCGCACAAAAACAUAAACGCCACACCCGACUACAUGCACUCUGAUCGACGACGAGGAGCACGCGUCGAUCCUCAUUAGACAGAAACACAGCCGCGAGCAUUCGAGAUGAAAAGCAGUCUUUUUGAUGUGUUUGUCGCAUAUGCAUAAAAAAAUUUUUUUCGUUUGGUGAGCAUGAAAAUUGAAAUCCAAAUCCCCAUUCUUUCAUCAUAGAUAAUUAUGCUAGAAGGUUUUUUCAUUUUCUGUGUGAUACUUGGCCUCUUCGGAAGGAGCACCCGCGGCGGUCCAUGCAUAAGCACGACCUGCAUCUGCGCAACGUGUUGGUGGAUCCGCACAGACACGAGGUGGGUCCGCAUGAGGAUGAUCCGGACCUCCAGAAUAGAAGAAUUCAAAUAGACACCGACGAAAUCCCCAUAGAGGUGAGCACCGGGAAUGAAGAUGGUACCAGAACGAAAAGCAGCGCACGCGCAGCAGGGACGCCCUCGGAAGGCGGGGGCCCGCGUAGUAGGAAUAAAGCAGUAGAAGGCUCAGGAGCAGAGGGGCGGCCACAAAGUGGAAGAACGAACAACAGCAGUGAAGAUCGGCUGACGCACGAGGAGCACGAGCAUAUUUUCAACAAAAUCCACGACUCGCACAUGAACAACGACCAGUGUCGGGAGGUCUACGCCCACCUCAGCGACGUCGGACGGCAGCAGGACCUGUGGCGGCGGACCGGGCUGGACAGCAAGAAGUGGCAGACGAAGGUUCUGCAGGACGACCGCGUGGAAGGGGCCUUCGUGCUGAUUCUCGCCACGUACAUGGUGUUUCUAUCCACUGCAAAUAUGUCUGGGUCUGGAACAAGGUUGGAACUUCUAUCUAAUGCUAGCUUUCCAUACAACCUAGAAGCUGGAGAUCUGUACUGCAUAGCCAACAAUAUUAAAAGUCUCAGCCUCUUUUGUACAUGCAAAAACGCAGUUUCUUCUACUCAUGUGGAUCGUGCCUAUGAGAAAGAAGUGUUCUCCUGAAAAGUUGUCAUGCUGUGUUGCAUUCGGAACUGUUCACAUCAUCCCCCUUUCAGCAUAACAAGUUUCAUCCAGACCCGGACAUAUUUGCAUUUGAUAGUUUCUCGGCACGUACGACGACGAGAGCGACGAUCAGUCUUUUUCCAACUUUCACUUCUGGCGGGGCGUGGACUUUUUCUUCUUCGUCUGCUUUUUGAGCGACACGGUGCUGCGGGUUUGCGCCUACAAGAAUCCGCGGCGGUUCUUCCUGGAGGGCACAUUAUGGAGCAACAUGCUGGAUGUGGCCGUGCUGAUCGAGCACUUCAGCUCGCUGAUCAUCUACCCCCUGCUGAUCGAGCAGGGCGUGAUGCCGGAAACGUGGAACUGGAUGGGCAUGCUGCGCAUCAUGCGGUUCGGGCGCCUGAUGCGGUGGCAGGAAAUCCGGGAGCAGAUUCUCAUCCUGCAGGCCGCCACGCGGGCCGCGCGGAUGCUGCUGCUCUUCAUGGCGGUGGAGAUCAUCUGCGUCGCGGCGCUGAUCAUGCUCUACAAAAACGAGUACCUCAGCGGCACCUUCAACGACGCCUUUCUCGACCAGACAUUUGAAAACUACCUGCAGACGAUCCUGGCCCUGAACCAAAUGAUUUUCACGGACUCCACGUUCGCCAUACUCACCGCCAUGUACCGCGAAGGGAACAACGUGCUCGGGUCGCUGCUCUGGCUGCACACGCUGACGGGCGCGAUCAUGAUCACGAACCAGUUGAUUGGCAUAGCGACGGACGCGAUGUCCAGUCUGAUGGACAGCGAGCGCGCGGCGGACACCGCGAUGCGGUUCUGGAAGCUGGCGCAAAUCUGGGUGACGGAGUACGGGCAGCCGGACUGGAAGCUGCAGCGCGCACUGGAGCUGGAGGCGCAGGAGGCACGGAUGCUGCUGAAGCGGUCCAGCACGCUGAUGCACGAGGCACAGGACGGCACCAUCGAGAUGAACCUCACCGGGGACGGGGACGAAGAGGACCAGUUUCUGGACUUCAAGCUCGACAAAUACCUGAAAGAGGAGGAGAACAUUCUGCGCAACGCUUCCCGCUUCGACAGUUUCUUUAGCGACGACGGGGAGGAGGGCGGGGCAGCAUCAACAUCUCCGAGGGAAAGAAGAAGUGGCCAGGGAGCUGCAGUCGCGCGGGACCACAAGCAGGGAAACCAGAACGACGGCCACUCUGGCAGUCAUUUGGCUGUUCCCGCGACGGUGAUGUCCCCGCGCACCCCCAUGUCUUACUCGUCUCCCCGCACAACAAUUUCUUCUCCGGUUAAUAACACGACAACCACAGUUGAAGUUGACUAUACUUAUCGGCCAGCAGUAGAUCCCCGACGCUCCUACCCAGCCGACUGGCAGAGUUCCUCGUCACGUGGCGUGGGAGUUGAUGCGGCUGAAAACGUCGAGCAAGAAAGUAGAAUCAUCGCUCGAUCGAGAUCUGUGUCACGAUCAGCACCUGAUGAUACAACAACUAGUGCUGGCGUAGUUCCUUUGCAACGGCCCCCGUUCUUGAACCAGAAUGCAGCUGCCGGCGCCGAUCCCCGACGAAAAGCGGAGGGAUCAGCCCUGAUUGCCGGGAGCGGGUGGAAUGAUCGGUCCAUGCAGGCCCACUCGGCGCAAGUGGUGGAGGAGCACGCACCGCCGAUGCCGCCACCUCCGCGGUCCCGAUUGUCGACCGCGUUACACCUGUAUCUGCCCCUGAAAGAGAUGUACGGUGACCGGAUUUUCCAGUCCCUCCGCUCCGAGUUCCACAUGUCCCGGCACGAGUGGAACACGGUGGUGUUUACCGCGGUGCACCGGGAGCACACCCGGUUAGAGAAAUACCUGCCGAAAAUCGAGGAGCUGAUGCGGGACCGGAGCGGCGGCGAAGAACAACUUCAUGAGGACAAGAAGCAGCACGAGGCGCUCACCCACAGCUCCUCGGCGAAGCUCUCCAUGUCGGGAAAGAGCGAGCGAAAAGCGGCCUCGUUUGACUCGGUCACCCUCUCUAUCCUGAGUAAAAACGUACCCACACCAUAGUCAAGAUGGGGAAUCGGCUAGACAAAUCCACAAGUUUUGGCUGUUUUGCAUGACAAAUUUGGACUCGUAGUGUAGUGCUGUUUGAGCUAGCUCAGCAGCAUCACAGAUCUAGCAUACCAUGCUGAUUGGAGCAUGACAACUUGCAAAACACGACUAGAAAAUGCUUCUCAUGGGGCGCCGCAUGAGAAACAUUUUCAGCAUGCAGAUUUGCAUUACAACUCUGGUGUGGGUACGUUUUUACUCAGGAUACUCUCCGCCCUGGCGCACGUGAUGGUGGAGCGGCUCCGCAACCUCAGUAAGGCGGACGCGCUAUCCUGAGUAAAAACGUACCCACACCAGAGUCAGGAUGAGGAUUUUGCAACACAAACCUAGGAGUUUUGUGAGUCACGCAUGACAAGUUGCAGUCCGUAGUGUAGUGCAGGUUCGCAAGGCCAGCUGCAUCAGAAAUCCAUCUGCUCAUCCUGUUUACAGCAUCACAAAUUCCACCAACACGACUAAAAAUGCCUCUCCUGGCGAUGCGCAUUACAAAUGUUCCUGUCAUUGCAAAUCUGCAUGACAACUCUGGUGUGGGGACGUUUUUACUCAGGAUACGCGCUGAUCAUCGAGAAAAACUUGAUCCUGGGCUCCAUCGAACGGGAGGCCUUGGACAUGCGGUACAUGAAAAUGGAGCGGAUGCUGAGCCGAAUGCUCUCCGCCCUCGACAUCCAGUACGACGAUGCCAAGGAGAGAAAAGCGCAGGAAAUCGCUGCCGCGUGCGUAAAAGAGUCAGGGACAGGAGGCGGGGUUGAAACCAAUGCGGAGGAUGGCGCGGACGAGGAAAACGCGCUUUACCGGCUGCAGGCCGUCCAGGGGGGCACGAACGCCUACGGGGACCUCAUCAAGGACCGCGCAAAUGCUCAGGUGAGCGGCGUGCGUGCGCGGGUUUCGAGUAUGUUUGGUCGCAUCGUCGAUCCCCGGGCUUCGGUCGGACAGGGGGCAGCCGAGCCCGCGGCGUGAAGUAGAUGGUAGGAGACGAGCGGAAGUGGACGAAAGGCCUUACUUACAACCAUGUAGUUCAACAUCAAUAUCCUUUUAUUUUCUUCUAUUCGUCCAUCUGUAAAAACUUUUUACAUUAUGGCAAACGAGAGUUGCCUCCUCGUCGAGGUCGAAUCCAUUGUUUCUGAGAAUUGAUGUGGUGCCAAGGUGGACGAGGAGGAGGUUCUGAAUUACUCGCGAGCCCCGACGAAUUGUUCUGUGGAAUCCAAUUUUAUUUCUGUAGUAUUUUUUGUGUGGAAGUAUAUGUAUUCGAUG